CCAAUUUCAAUGCAAUCGUGUCAUUUGUGGCGAAAUAUUUCUAUCAGAAACACCUUAUUUGCUUCUCAGUUUCGCGUGAUUUUAAAGGGAAAGGAAUAUAGAUACUUGAGAACAGCUUUUAGUUGUUCAGGUAUGGAAAAGAAAGCAGCGGAGAGUCAAGCUGAGGCGGGGAGCGGUGGGGAGGUCGUGAAGAGUGCCAGUCAGUUAAAGAAAGAUGCUAAAAGACUGGAAAAAUUGGAGAAAUUCAAAAAGAAGAAAGAAGCGCAAGAAGCUGAGAAGAAAAACCAGGGAGAAAAAAAGAAAGACAAGAAGAAAAAAGAAGAUACGAAAAAAGUAAUUUCUUAUGAUAAGAACACUGCUCCUGGUGAUAAGAAAGAUAUAUCUGGGAAUAUGCCAGACAGUUACAGUCCAAAGUAUGUGGAGGCCGCUUGGUAUUCAUGGUGGGAAAAACAGGGAUUUUUCAAACCAGAAUAUAAUCUAGAUUUAAGCCAACCAAAUCCCAAUGGAAAUUUUACGAUUGUCAUCCCUCCUCCAAAUGUGACUGGAUCACUGCAUGUUGGCCAUGCCCUGACAAGUGCUGUUGAAGAUUGCUUAACUCGCUGGCAUCGUCAGCAGGGUAAAACAACUCUUUGGGUACCAGGAUGUGAUCAUGCUGGCAUUGCUACGCAGGUUGUUGUUGAAAAGAGGUUGAAGAGAGAGAAGAAUCUCUCAAGGCACGACUUAGGACGAGAAAAUUUUGUCAAUGAGAUUUGGAAAUGGAAAAAUGAAAAAGGUCACAAGAUUUACGAUCAACAGAAACGUAUGGGUGUCUCAACAGACUGGGACCGAGAGAGCUUCACGAUGAGUGAGAAAUUAUCGCGUGCUGUUGUUGAGGCGUUUGUGCGGCUUCACGAUGAAGGUUUGAUAUAUCGCAGCAAGAGAUUGGUGAACUGGUCUUGUGCAUUAAACUCAGCUAUCUCUGAUAUCGAGGUUGACAAGAAAGAGAUCUCGGGACGCACAUUACUUCCUGUGCCGGGUUAUGAAGAAAAGGUCGAGUUUGGUGUUCUGGUGCAUUUUGCUUACCCACUAGAAGACAGUGAUGUGAAGUUGAUCGUCGCAACCACCAGAAUUGAGACAAUGCUUGGUGAUACUGCGAUCGCCGUGCAUCCUAAUGAUCCCAAGUAUAAGCAUCUUCAUGGAAAGGUUGCCCUGCAUCCAUUUUGUGGUCGUAAGCUUCAAAUUGUAUGUGAUGAAACUGUAGAUCCUGAAUUUGGCACAGGUGCUGUGAAGAUCACUCCUGCGCAUGAUCACAACGAUUACGAGAUUGGCGUAAGACAUAACCUAAGAUUUAUUUCCAUGAUGGAUGAUGAUGGCAAUAUUUGUGACGUCGGGGAUUUCCUCCCGGAAUUCAAACGCUAUAUAGGUUUACAACGUUUCGUAGCUCGUAAGAUUGUUUUAGAAGAUUUAAAAACUAAAGGACUGUACAUUAAGACGGAUGAUAACGCCAUGGUAAUUCCUGUUUGUAGUCGAUCAAAAGAUAUUGUCGAACCUCUGAUUAAACCACAAUGGUAUGUCAACUGUCAAGACAUGGCUGCGGACGCUGUCAAGAUGGUGCGUGAAGGGGAAUUAAAAAUAAUUCCAUCCAUGCAUGAAAAAACGUGGUACAAAUGGAUGGAGAAUUGUAGAGAUUGGUGUAUAUCUCGUCAGUUGUGGUGGGGACAUCGUAUUCCUGCGUAUUACGUCAUUGUUGAAGGCGCGCAAGUACCUCUGGACUCGGAUUUGAACGAUAAAUAUUGGGUUAGCGGUUUAAGUGAAGAGAUAGCAAAAGAGAAAGCCGCUGAACGCUUUGGUGUUUCAAAAGACAAGAUCUCGUUACGCCAAGAUGCUGAUGUACUUGAUACGUGGUUCUCGUCUGCUAUGUUCCCUUUCUCAGUAUUUGGAUGGCCUGAUAAUACAGACGACUUGAAAUCAUUUUAUCCAACGACCUUACUAGAAACCGGUCAUGAUAUUCUCUUCUUUUGGGUCGCAAGGAUGGUGAUGAUGGGUCGAAGAUUAACUGGAAAGUUGCCUUUUACGGAGGUAUUCCUUCAUGCUAUGGUGCGAGAUGCUCAUGGUCGAAAAAUGAGUAAAUCUCUUGGCAACGUUAUUGAUCCUGUUGAUAUUAUUGAAGGAAUCACAUUAGAGGACUUGCAUAAAACGCUCCAUACUGGAAAUCUCGACUCCAAAGAAAUUGCCACGGCUAUGAAAGGCCAGAAACAAGAUUAUCCAAACGGUAUUCCAGAAUGUGGAACGGAUGCGUUGCGAUUUGCCCUGUGUGCUUAUACUGCCCAAGGUCGAGAUAUUAACCUGGACGUGUUACGUGUCCAAGGAUAUCGACAUUUCUGCAACAAACUUUGGAAUGCUACAAAGUUUGCUUUGAAUGGUCUUGGUGCUGAAUUUAUACCUAAUGAAAAACCAAAGUUAUGUGGGAACGAGAGUCUGGUUGAUCUAUGGAUCCUGAGCCGUUUAUCAUCAGCUGAAGCGACCUCAAAUGCUGGCUUUAAAGAGUACGACUUUCCUUCCAGUACUACAGCAAUAUAUAACUUCUGGCUUUAUGAACUAUGUGAUAUAUAUUUGGAAUAUUUGAAACCAGUUCUUCAAAGUAACAACCAAGAGGAGAUAAACACCGCAAGAAAUGUGUUGUACACAUGUUUAGAGCAAGGAUUGAUACUUCUUAGUCCAUAUAUGCCGUUCAUUACUGAAGAAUUGUUUCAAAGGUUACCAAGGCGUUCAGCUAAUGAGCCCCCAAGUAUAUCUGUUACACCCUAUCCUAACAAUCUUCCUUGGCGAGACGAAGGACUUGAGGAGAAUUUGGAUCUCUCAAUGGGUAUUGUACGAACGAUACGAUCAAUUCGACAGGAAUACAUGUUGAAUAAGACGAAAGCGGAUGUGUAUCUAACGUUUAGUAACAAGAAAAACGCAGAACUAAUCAAGCCACUCACCAGCCUCAUUGCGACGUUAAGUUUAUCCAGCAAUGUUCAUUUCUUGGAAAACGACAGUGCACCUACUGGUUGUGCGAUUGGGACGUAUUUGGACAAAUGUGAAAUUAACGUUAUGCUAAAGGGCCUAAUUGAUCUAAAUAAAGAAAUCACAAAGUUAGAAAAUAAGGAGAAACGUCUUGAUGCUCAACUUGAGAAACUUCUUAGUUCGAUGAAAGUUCCAGAUUAUGAAACAAAGAUCCCUGAGAAUGUUAGAAAACAAAAUGCUGAGAAGGUCACUCAAGUGGAGACAGAAUUAGAAAAUAUCAAAAAAGCGCUAAAAAAUUUAAAACUAUCAUAAAUUUUUAAUUCCAUUUCGCAUGGCAUAUCAUUCCUUAAUAUAAGCCAAGAGAUAUGAAUAUUUAAACAAUAAAAUAAUAAUUAUUUUUUAAAAUUGCUUAUAGAAAAGACCAACGAAAAAACUUCAGGUAGAAUGGUAGAUGACUUCCUAAUCUAGCUACUUUUUGUCACUUUAAUAUUGUUAUUACAUCGAACGUAUGGCAUCUGACUGAAUGGCAUCAAUAUAUUAGGGGUAACAUGACGUAUCGUUUUAAAUAUCGCGGCAAAUAAUUUUUAAAAAAAUCUUUAAAAUUUUUGGUUAAAAUUUCUGGUUAAUUGGUCAAAUAAAUACGAACGGUCAGUGUUGUGAAGCCUGCAAUGUUAGUAGAUAAAUAAAUGGAAUGGCUGCUUUAAGUAACUCCGUCUUUUGUACACCAGAUCUAGAAUUGAUAAAAUUUUACGUAAGGCAAGCAGUUCAAAAAAGCAGCUUCAAAUGCGUGCAAAUCCUUGAUGAAAGUCAAAAACAGGUUGAAGAUUUUAUAGUUCCUGCCAUUCAGCAGUGUAUAACGGAUUCUUCGACUUCGGGGAAUUGGAAAGACGAGAAAUCUCAUGUUUUGUUGAAAAUCCAUGGUUGGCUUUUUUUGUCAUGGAUGACAACAAAAUUGGGAAAUAAUUCAAGUGAAUUGUUUAUUCCAAUUGGGACCAUGUUUUAUCUUGAUGUUCUGACAGCCUGUUCACUUGAAAAAUAUUUGAUACAGUCCUUGUCCAAUGUAACCAGUGAAACUACAGAAGUAUUGAUACAAGAUAUUGUGAUGUAUAAUGAAAUUUGUGGUAUGAAAUACGAGAAUUUGAUGUUGCAACUUGUUGCCCAAUGUCUGACUCAGAUUGAUGGUCUUGGUGAAAUGUUUUCCCCUGUGUUGAACUAUAAACCUUGCCACAUUUUAACACAAAUUGUAAAGAAUGUCCAACAUCAGCAAGUUAAUGUGUUAUCUCAACUAUAUGACAAAUUGAAUACACUUUUUACACAGUUAAAAAAAAGUUCAAUGCAGAAUCUACACAGUGUUUUUAGAAAGAGAAUGAACAUUAUUGAGUUUAAUGAAGUCUUAGAGAAUUUUACAAGAAACAUUGAACAGAAUAAGUCAUCUGGGAGGAUGAAAUACAUGCCAAAAAUUUCAGCAGAAAUGACAUACAACCAGCAUCUCAAUGACAAGAGAUAUGACAUCAUAAGAACUAUUGUUUGUCUAGUGUCUUCCAUGAACGUAAUUAUUACAGUUCAGUUGAGGUGGCUCUUUACCUGGCAGUCAAAUGAGAGUGGCAAUGAAGUGAUAGAAACAAUCGAAAAUGAAGUGCUUCAUAGUGCGUUUUUUGACAUAUUUACAUUGUGUAAAUCUUUACAAGCAUUACUUAUGGAAGGAGACAUGUUGUGCAAUGAAUUGCAAGUUAUCAUAGAUAUAUUGGAGCCAUGUUAUGAAAAAUAUUCAACACCCAAAGACACGUCCAAAACUGG